AUGAGUAAAGGAAAGAGAACAGUCAUUGUUACUGGUGCUAAUUGUGGACUUGGCUUUGAAAGUACCAAAUACUUGUUGAGUGAUAAAAUUGAUGAGUGGCAUGUUGUGUUGGCAUGCAGAGAUGAAUCAAAAGGAAAGCAAGCUAUUCAACAAAUUGUUGAAAUUGAUCAAGAGUAUGCUAGUAGAUUGACAUUUAUAGAGUUGGAUCUUGCAGAUUUGGAUUCUGUCAGAAAUUUUGUAACAAAUUUCAAUCAAGAAAAAUUACCACCAUUGAAAGCAUUGAUUUGUAAUGCUGCAACUCAAGCACCUCCAAAUAUUUCAACAACCAAACAAGGAUAUGAUAUUGUAUUUGGUGUUAAUCAUUUGGGACAUUUCUUAUUGACCAAUUUAUUGAUUCCUCAUUUCGCCAAAAAUGACGAAAUUAAUUCUAUUGUAAACGUUACGAGUGAUACUCAUGACCCAAAGAAUGGAACUCCAGUUCCAGUACCAACCUAUGGCCCAGUUGACAAGCUCAUUAUUCCACCACAAGAAACUCCAAAAAGAGAUAGCAGAUAUGCCACAUCAAAGUUGUGUAACAUUUUAUUUACUUACGAAUUGAAAAACAGAUUGGAUAAGUCUGAUGAAUUUAAGAAUCAUUUUCGUGUCAAUUGUUUCAAUCCAGGAUUUAUGCCAGAAACUUCUUUGGCAAGAUAUUUGGAUCCAAAGCUUUUCAAUAUGAUUGUUGAGGGAGAAGGCAAGAAAUAUAGAAAACCAAUCGCAAACUCCUCGAGAUAUUUGGCCGAUUUGGUGAAUCCACAAUUAGAUAAGGUUUCGAAUGGUGUUUACUAUGAUGGAAAUGAAAUUAUUCCAUCCUCUGAUGAGUCCUACGAAGUUUCCAAGCAACUGGAAUUGUGGGAAGGAAGUAAGAAUCUAAUUAAGACUGAAACAGAUUUUAUCUUGUAA